AUCGCAGUCUCCGCGAUCUCGGAUCGGACGUUACGUGCAAGAAGCUCGAUCCGGGCUCAGUGUUAAUCGAGCCGUCCGAUAGUACGACAGGCCUACGAUGUUGUUAUGAGGCCGGCACAUUGAGCCGAAUAAGAUUUGACAAAAGUUCUGCGCACGUGAAAAACACCGCGAUCAGUUCACUCGGCCUCGACGUUCGCUGAUCCGAUCAAUGAUGUAACGGCCGUGAACCGCGAAGGAUGGCGAAUAACACGGCGACGUCACCGUCGUCGAAAAGGACGGUGCAAAUGGAACGGAUCAUCGACAUAGAGGAUGCGACCGUGUCCGUGCCGGGCACCCCGAAACGCACCACCAUGACGUCGUUGCUGCUGACGCGUUGGCUGGCGUCGAAGAGCACGCCACGCACGGAACCGGAACGCAGUUGGUCGUCGGACGAGAGAAGUCUCGAGUACGGUACUCCGCCGCCUAUCGAGGAGCCGCAUUGUUAUUCGAUGUGCGCCAGCGAGAGCUCCUACACAGAGGAGCUGAAUUGCACGUUGCAGGUGAACAAAGACAUAAUCAGGAAUCUGUUAACGGAACACAUGAGGUGCGUCGGUGGUCGGCUGCAGCUCCUCGACGACCUAGAAAUGGACAAACUGGACCUGACCAAUCCCCAACGCGUAUCCAAGACCUACAAGAAGCAGGAGCUGAACACACUGCUGUUACAGGCCAGUCUGAUCGGUCGACUGGAUCUCAUCACCAGUCUCCACAAAUGUGGCGCAGACUUGAAUCAUUCCGAGCAAGAGCAAUGUCUCACACCGUUGCACCUCUGCGCGUUCAGCAAUUCCCUGGAAGCCGUCCAGUAUCUAUUGACCAACGGAGCCGACAUGAACACGAAAGGAACACACACGCCGUUCCAUUAUGCCGCUUUCGGGAACGCUUUCAAGGUAGCACAGUAUUUCCUUCAGUUGGGCAUCAGCCAGGAAUCGCCUCUGGCCGAGGAGACUGUACUCCACGCAGCGGCCAGAUCGAACGCUCUGAACGUGCUGAAAUUAUUAGCGCCCGGUAAUCCAACCCUGGAUCAUUUAGAUUGUAAUGGGUACGGUGCUAUACACCAUGUAGCGGAUAGGGAUGAUUCGGGUUGUCUGCUGGUGCUUCUGGACGCUGGUUGCCAGCUGGACACCAUGACCAAAAAGGGGGAUACCGCGCUACAUCUGGCUGCUGAGGCCAGUUGCGCGGAGAACGUUGAUCUGCUGGUCGAGAGGGGCGCGAACGUUCGUCUGAAAAACCACAGGGGUCAGACAGCGUUGCACAUAGCCUCCAGGUCCCAUUCAUUGGAGUGCGUAGAAGUAUUGCUGAAGAAAGGCGGCUGCGAUCCGAAUGUCGAAGACAACGAUGGACGGACGUCCUUGCAUCUUGCUCUAGGAAGAUCCGUGUUGGCAUACGAAGUCACUGAAUUUCUCAUAACAUGGAAGGCGAACGUGAACAAAACCGACAAAUACGGCUACACACCGCUUCACAUAGCCGCACUGAACGAAUUGUCCCAAUGCGUAGACGUGUUGAUCCAGCACGGGGCUGAUCUCAGUUCUAGAACAAAAGGCGGUACCAGUGCGUUGUCCAUCAUUCUACGAAAGACACCGACUUCGUUGAACGUUUUCAAACAACGAUUAGACGCCUCGAUAACCCUCCAUCAGCAUGGGUCCGCGACAGGCGAGGUGGAGCUCAGGCUGGACUUUCAUUCCCUAUUGAUGAACCAGCAACAGGGUGAGAUCAGAUACCUGGGCACCUUCGUGAAAGAAGGCUACAAAGAGAUCUUAGAACAUCCUCUCUGCCAGGCGUUCCUCCAUCUGAAAUGGCAGAAGAUCCGCAAGUACUACGUCGGUCGGCUGAUCUUCUAUCUGUUCUACGUUCUGAUACUGACCGGUUGGGUGAUGACCGCUCUGGCGCACAAUUGUUACAACGAGUCCCAUGGGCAAUUGGACACCACGCAGCCGCCGUUGUGCGCGAACACCACCGGUAUAAACGGUUUUCUGUACAGGCAUCCGGCCUUGCUGGAGGUCGAGUGGUACGCGUUAAUGGUGCUAACGAUAUUGGAGGCGUUUCGCAAGCUGACAAGCAUCCCGACCUAUCUGUCUGUACGUCAGUUUUUCACCCAAGCAGAGAACAUGGUCGAGUGGUGCGUGAUCUUGAGCGUGUUCGCCACGUCGUUUAUCUACACGGGUAGAACGUAUCCGUGGCAGAAUCACGUGGGCGCAUUUGCGGUACUAUGCGGCUGGAGCAAUCUGAUGCUGAUGAUAGGUCAGCUACCGUUAUUCGGGGCUUACGUGGCGAUGUUUACUAGCGUCCAGGCGCAGGUGUUUAAGCUUCUGUUGGCCUACGCUUGCCUCCUUGUAGGCUUCACAGCUAGCUUCUGCGUGAUAUUCCCCCGUUCGAAAUCCUUCAGCAGCCCCCAUAUAGGUCUGAUCAAGGUUCUAGUGAUGAUGACCGGCGAGCUGAAUUUCGAGGAUCUGUUCUUCCCCCGAGAGGAGGAUGGCAAAUCCACAGACGUUGGUGGAACCUCUUGGAUUCUACUUCAAGUCUCCGCGCAAUUGUCCUUCGUGCUGUUCCUACUGUUCGUUACCAUAGUUCUGAUGAAUCUUCUAGUCGGAAUAGCCGUGCACGACAUCAAGGGGCUGCAAAAAACCGCUGGCCUGGCGAAGCUUGUCCGUCAAACGAAGCUGAUCUGUGACGUCGAGACCGCGUUGUUUUUGGGUCUGAUGCCGAAACGGGUUAUGAAGUUUUUACGAUGGACUGCGUUGCUUUUGCCCUCGCCGUUGAGAGCAGUGCUGACGGUCAGACCGUUGAAUCCAAGGGAGACCAGAUUACCGCGUGAUCUGUUGACCGCCGCGCAUAAGGUGGCCAAGGAUCGGAAAAAUAUGUCUGGUACAUUGUGCAGCAGAAAGAGCACCAGUACCACGUACACGUAUCUGAAAAACGAGCCCUAUUUGACCAUCCGGAGGAUGCCACCAGAAGAUGAGGUGUUCGUCGAUGAUUCCACGAUUAAAGGGGAAUUGACGGAGCUGAAGAAGAUCUGCGAAAGGAAUCAGGAGCUGCUCGAGGAACUUCUGAUGGCGUUGAUGACGGCGAAACGUUACGGAACGGAGAAGGAAGAGGAUGAGGCUAAUUAAAUUCAAUCCUUCUCGUUCAUGGAAUCUUGCCUCGUGGGUCGGUUCUAGUAUCGUGCGAAUGAUCUGCCGGGACUUCCAGACCUGGAAACGCUUCGGGGGCCAGAAACGGAAGAAAUUGCGACGUUACGUCACCUUUGGAUCCGUCUAUUUUUACAUCUGAUUAGGAGUCGAGCUUCGAG